UAAUAAUAUUUCGUGAAUAUACCUAUUUGUAUUGUUAAUCAACAUUGACAAGGCGGCAGUACAUAUAUUGUAUUAAAUAAUAUAAAAUAAUUCUAGGUGAUAAUGAAUUUUGAUAUCGCAGCAAAUAAACAUGGCGCUGAUUUGAUACUAGAGUUCUUUACUUCGGACAAGCCGCGAGCCUUGUCGCAAUUUGCACAAACUCAGAUAUUUCAUUUUUUCAAUCUGUCCAUGUAUGUACAACCGAAAUAAUUUACUGUACAGUGAACGUAUCGUCCAUAUUCCAAACUGUUUUUGAGAGCGAAUCUUUGAUAAACUUGCACGUCAUACAUGUCAAAAUGGCCCGGGAAUAUGAUCAUUUAUUUAAGCUUCUAAUAAUAGGAGAUAGUGGUGUAGGCAAAAGUUCGUUGCUAUUAAGAUUUGCUGACAAUACUUUUAAUGGCAGUUAUAUAACUACAAUAGGAGUGGACUUUAAAAUACAAACUGUGGAAAUAGAUGGUGAGAGAGUAAAGCUCCAAAUUUGGGACACAGCUGGACAAGAACGAUUUCGGACAAUAACUUCUACUUACUAUAGAGGAACACAUGGUGUUAUUGUUGUGUAUGAUGUGACUAGUGGUGACUCCUUUGCUAACGUUAAAAGAUGGUUACAUGAAAUCGAACAAAAUUGUGAUGUGGUUAACAGGGUACUUGUAGGGAAUAAGAAUGAUUCACCGAAUGAAAAAGUGGUAUUAACAGAAGAUGCACAAAGAUUCGCUAAUCAAAUGGGAAUUCAAUUGUUUGAAACUUCUGCUAAAGACAAUAUUAAUGUUCAAGAAAUGUUUAUGGCAAUAACACGGCAGGUGCUUAGGACCAAAAAAGAAAGGAAGGAACGACAAGCUAUACAAACCAGUGAAACAGUAAACCUGAGAAAAAGCACAAAACAACAUAAAAAGAAAUGUUGUUAACAGCACUGUAUAAGCUUAAGAUCUGUUAUCAAUAUCAUUUAAAGUGAUGACAGAAGUAAAUUACAGCAACAAAAUUUACAUAUAAAGUAAUACACCAAUGUUUUAUAAAACUAUUAAGUUUUGUAUUUAAAUUACAACAUCGAAGAUUGUAUUCUUAUAGAAUUAUACUUUGAUGCUAGUAACAUUCAAUAUAUAUAGGAUGCAAAUAUUAUGNUGUAGUGUUCAUUAAGCGAGAACAACUUUAUAUGCAACAUACUUUCUAUUGUUGCAUGCUCUUAAUACAGUAAAAAAAAUAUAAAGACCUAUUUGUAUUAUAUAACUUACAAAAGAAUCAGUACAAGAAAAAAAAGAAACAACACAAUGUAAUUGCUUUUUAUUUGUGCUUUGCAUACCAUAAUUUAUACAAAGUGGAAGAUAAAGUAAUAUUCAAUGUA